GAACAAUCCUAGUUCAACUAUCACCACAAGCCUGAAACAUGCAAUAAGCCAGCAGCUCUAAAUUAAAUCAAAGCAAUGGCGCGCUCAAAAUCCAUCCGCGCUCCCACCACAGCCAGCCUCCCCAGCACCCUCUACAUCCCCUCAACCAGCCCAUCAGUGUCCAAAUCAUUCAACAAACUCUCCCGCCAAGCACUCCUCGAUCUCGUUUUCCAAUGGCUAGACGAUAACAACGUGGAAUCAUUUCCGCCGUAUCUCGAGCGCGAUCAGGUUGAAAACACGGACCCGGACGAUGAAGAGACCAGUCCGUACCCGGCCGAGCAGACGAUUGACGACGUCCGCAAUGCAUACCAAGACCUGCAGGACCGGAAAGGUGGGAAACGCGAGGUGAUUGACCGUGUGCUUGAGGGUGAUUGGAGACAUGGGAUUACGUUACGACAAUUGGCGAUGGUCGAUAUUUGUUAUAUGGAAGAUCAUCCGGCUAGUUUGCGAUGGACAGCGUUGGAACUUGCUCGUCUCGACGGGGUGGAAGAUACACAGACGGAUGAUGUAUCAGUAUGCCUCCCUCGUAUACAUGCUUCAACUUUCUUGAAGAACCUGCAGCAAUUAAUCGCGCCGCUCGUGAAAGCGCAUUACCACCUCGCACGAUCAAACUCGUUACCUCUCACGUUCCUACGCAUUCUAGUCACCAAUUCGCCCUACCAGCAUCCGCGCCAACAACCUGAAGUACUUAUGGAUUCAUCAAGAGUUAUCUACAUCGCCUUCCCAGAUAGCUGCCCGUAUAUAUACACAUCCAUUUCAUCGGCCGGUUCCAAAACCAGCACCUCUGCGACCACCGCUGUCGGAACAGAUACCAGAAGUCUACAACGCAUUGUCCGAGACGCUAUCCCCAAAGCCCUCUCCCGUCCCCAAGAACGAUACACCCUGAAAGCAACAUCUCUAUCAGCAAAGAGUCUCCAAGCCCUGCUCUCCCUCCGAGGCCCGAGCCGCUCAAACGCAGCAAACGGCGCAUUCAGCAUUUUCGCCGAUGCAGUCGUCGAAGGAAGCCCCUUGGACCCACGACCAGCUAACACAGUCUUACCGGGGGAAUACAUGAACCGUCGCGAAGAUGGGAAAGAAAACGAACGAACCGAAGACGGAGAUACCAAGAAUGCCGAUACCCACAUACCCAAAAAGCGCAAACUCGCUGUUCAUUCCCGCUUCGGUACCUCUGGUUCCCUCUCAUCGGCACCUCUGGAUCGUUUCGAUGUUCGAAUACUUGAUUCUCCAAGUGGUCGUGACAACCAAGAACCCUCUGAAGAUUCUCAGCCAACUCUGUCACUCACUUUCGCUGGCAAUGAUGUUAUAUCUGGGAUUCGCAAACUCGCUGAAUUAGGUAUCGUCGAUGCAGAACGUAUGCCGUCUUGGAUGACUGGUGAGGAGGGCGUUAGUGUUGCCGUCGUUCAUCAAGGGAAACGGGUAACGAAGGAUAGUGGAUGAUGGAGUUGAGUUAGGACAUCAUAUUUUCCAUCAUCUUUGUGCUUUCUUUCCGUAUUGAGAGGGUCCAUAAGAAAGGGCAGAAGUAACUGCGAUGUCAAGGCCAUUACACUUUGUUGGACGCAAUCACGUCCCAUCCCGCGUCUCGGGAUGAUGGACAGGCCAGGGUUCAACGCAGGAUAGUCAAUCUACGGCUUAACUGCGUUGGCCUGCAAUGCAUAAAACUGCAUCAGCACCUCUCUUGGAAUUCACACCAGAGCUUAAUCGGGUUCUUUUACUCCAAUUGAUCGAAUGAAUCAUCUUUUUGGAACUCAAUAGAAUAAGUAUUAAAGCGAAACUAGCAAAAAGGGUAUAUAGAAAUCCACAAUCCAAAAUAAUCCAUCCAGCACCGAAU